CAGCACCCUAUGACAAAAUGGAACCCACCAGCAGUGUGAGGAGACCUGAAGUGGCACAUGGCAGAGUGUGGCGAUGGAGACAGCAGCAAUGGGAGGCCGUACAGGGACCCAUGACAGAUUACGGGCCUGCAGCAGCAUGAGCAGGCGGUACAGGGGCCCAUGACAGAUUACGGGCCUGGCAGCAGCAAUGGGAGGCCCGUAAUCUGCCAGCACCCUAUGACAAAAAUGGAACACACCAGCAGUGUGAGGAGACCUGAAAGUGGCACAUGGCAGAGUGUGGCGAUGGAGACAGCAGCAAUGGGAGGCCGUACAAGGGCC